AAAUAAUAUAUUCAGUCAAAUCGAGUGGAACUAUAAAGUACGGUCUACUCAAAUGUUCCUCCUUACAUGGUGUCCAUCGCAAAGCAUGCGGCCUCCAAGGACCAGAGAAGAUGUUAAUCAUGAUCAACAUCGAAGCCAUCUGCAGGAACGCUCCCAUGAUGAGGAGUAUAGUUAUAGGAAUGCCAUGGGGAUGAAGUCGCAAAGAAACGCAGGAGACCUGGCAGUCAAGGCUUUGCUGUAGUUUCUAGAGCCCCAAACGAUGAGUCACUAGCGUAAGAUCAUUGGUCGCUCGGUAGGUGCUUCUUGGUGGAGGGUGCCGGUUCGAGAUCCUGGUUUCUAUGAAAUCUGGGCCACUUCAAGCCUAUAAAACAUGGGCUAUCCAUCCCGGAGAGAACAUGGAGACAGCUCUCGGGCUUUCAUUUUUGAAAUCCAGCUAGAAUAAUAGAUGUCAUGCGUGCUCUUUCCUGGAUAUGCAACAUGGCGCACAUAGCAUACGGCCCUCUCGCACCAUUCCGAAAAAGCCAAUGGCACUUUACACAACUCAUGGAGAUCAGAUGAACAGAUCACAGUCAACAGAUAGGGCGUCGAGGAGCUCGCCAAAGUUGAUUACCGAAGCGACGUCAGAACUCACCCCCAGAAAGCUCGAUGACACCCGCCUCCGCUCCCACAUCCCGAAGAGCAAGAUGCAACCUCCCAGCGCUCCCCAGCAAAUCAGGGACCAUCACUUCCCAAGCAUUACCCAUCCUCAGUCAGUGCUCAAAACAAUCCGCAACGGCAUUGGCCAAACAGACCCUGCCGUUUGCUCUUUCCCACGAGUCCCACGAGCUGAAGAGGGAAUGUCGUUAAGUACGCGGUAAGUGGUGGUGGAAACGGUCACCGACCCGUCCGGGUACUCGAAACUUCGGGAGCCCCCAGCUUCUUUCCCAGUACCAAGAGCUUUAGUCCGUUCUCCUAAGGUCCAAGCAGGAGUGUCGAGAAAAAAACAAUCAUAAAUGCUUCGAGACCCCCCUUCCUUUUGCACUUUCUGUUUCCAAAUAUCAUUGGCAACUCUGACCGUGUCCUUGGACCAAAAAAGUUCCAUCCCAUAUCGCUUAUCGGGU